AUGUCACAUCAAUCCAAACUGGAUAUGCAGCAACACGAAGCUUUCUUUUCUUUUACUGUUCCAGCUAACGAUUCUUCAGCCCCCGAGCCUCGGACGGAUGAUCACAACAUCACUCCAGUUGCUCCAAAGAACGAAUCCAACGAGGGCCAAUGUGAACUGGGAAUUGUCACGCAAACAGAUCGCCCAGCUUUGCCUAGGACACCAUCUGGAUCAAUAUCCCCCGCAACCUUAGGGGACCGUCCCGGUACCGCCAAUCAGUAUCCCUUUACCUUCCCAUCUACCUCGAACAGCGACGUCAAAGAGCGAACCUCCAUUGGAGGUACGGAGGAUGUGAGCCCAGUUUCGGGUACAUCAACAGGCUUCCCGACGGAUGAAGAGAACGUUCGUCGGAACAGUCGCCAGGGUCUCACUAUCCUUACCGGUGCCGCUCCGGCGAAGCUGAGCCAACGAGCCUGUUUAUUGGCUGCAGGCCCAUCUCCGUUGGGUAUGGCAAACCCAGAGAGCCCAGCAGAGCGAUCAGGCGAUUACCCUAGCCAUGACAUCGGAACCCAUAAUACAAGACCCAUGACCGCUCCUGGUGCUGGAUGGGCCGCCGGAAAUUAUAACCAUGGCUAUGACUACUCUUCUGCUAGUGCAGGUCUGUUUGGUGAUGGAGGCUAUCACAACUCAUCUGGCCGAACAUCAUCGACCAACACUGAUGGGUCAAAUAAUACUACUUCCACCCAUACAUCACCUGCGGUGGCCGAACCCAAGAACUCGGAAAAGCCCACCAAACCAAGUCUACAGGCUCUCAUCACUGUCAAUAGCGUGGCUUCUAGAAAAUCAUCAAUGAACCAGUCAAUCGCACCCGAUCAAGGGCAGUCUAGUCUUCUUUCACUGACCUCUCAGCUUACUCCACCCGGACGACAGUGUGAGCCCACACCACCAGGGCAACUAAUGUACAGUUCAGCAUCUCCGACUCUACAUAGUAUAUCUUUACCACCCGACCAGAAUGCAAGUGGCAGUCCUUACCUUCAUUCUAGCUCAUCGCAGCAACCUUAUCACAUUGCUCGACCCAAUACGCACGCCGGUACGUCAGCCUCGUUCGGCGAGCGACCCGACAGUUCAUAUGGUCCCCCCACUCCUCUCCACAGCGCCAAUAGCCCAACCAGUCCCUUCGCUCUCACCGGUUACUCGGCAAACUCUCGUCCAGGGACUGCGAAUGCUGCUGUGAACGUUCCAAUGUAUGGUGCCAGUUACGCAAAUAGCCGGCCGGGCUGUUAUGGGAUCCCGAGGCUCAACAUUCCGAGCUCUAAUCCUUCUCAGCCACCCUCUAACAGCUCUUCUCCGGUCUAUGGCAAUGUACGAAUGAUAUCGAAUGGCUCUGAUCAUUCACAUGGCAAUAUCCAGCAGUCUAGUCUAAUCCCCACAAAUAACCAGACAAAUCCCUAUGGUGUUAUGUCCUCUCAUCCAAUGGGAUCAGUGGAUGCUCCUAACCGAAUGUAUAACUUCAACAUGCUGCCGGUAGCACCGAGAAAAAGGGCACGAAGACGGUACGAUGAAAUUGAGCGACUAUAUAGUUGCAGUUACCCCGGGUGUACAAAAGCUUAUGGAACGCUGAAUCACUUGAAUGCUCAUAUUACCAUGCAAAAACACGGUCCCAAGAGACUCCCGCAGGAGUUCAAAGAAAUUCGGAAGGAGUGGAGAGCCCGAAAAAAAGCUGAAGCCGAAGCUCGUUCUGCUCCUUACAAGAAUGCACAACAGGCCCAGAAGAAUCAUCACAGUCAUCACCAUCACUCCCAGUUUCAGGCUCAUCGACCGCUGACAUCUUCCAGCUCCACCUCAAACUUGGCUGGUCAAGUUGGAAACCCCAACGCGCAUACAAUGAGCUUGAUGGCAAAUUCUUCACACCCCGGCAUCUCUUACGGAAACAUGACAUCCAAUCGUCCUCAUACGAUGAUGAGCUCCGGUCCCAGCUCUUCCGGAAACCUGAUGAAUAUGGGUCAACUGCAGAUGGGAAGAGUACUCUCAACGGGGUCGAUCGAUAAUUCAUCACUUUCGACAAAUAUGAUGACUAUGCCUCACGGCUUCAGUCCAGAUCUACUCGGUCCUCCUCUAUCAUCGGCGCCAUCUUAUUAUGCUUCUUCUCCCUACGCACCUUCAUCACUCGGUUCAUCUCAGCAUUUAUCGGGCCCUGCGAGUGCGCCUAGACAUGCCUCGAUGAACUAUGGAACACACUUACGUGUCAACUCCAGUAUGGGUACUGAGCGCAACAACUUACCACAACCGGAUAACAUGAGAAGCGUUUCAGAUAAUAGCAAUAUGCCAAAUCGAAGUCCCCAUGACUCCAAAUCGAUCAUGAAGGAUGAUAAAAAAACAGUCACGGGCCAGUAUCUUGUUACCGCCGCUCGAUAG